UAUCUGGUACAGACUCUGUGUUUUCUUAAAGAAGAAUAUGGACCCCAUUUGUUGUGUCAUUUUUCUUCUUCUGGCCUUUUACAGGAUAAACCCAGCUCUUUCUUAUUGUGUUAUAGGAUGCUCCUGCUCCAGUGAUAGCUUUGGAAGGAGUGUGCUGUGCAUGUCUACAUCCCUGAGAAAGAUACCUGGAGACAUCCCUCAAGACAUCAGAAAAAUUAGAAUAGAAAACUCUCAUCUAACAGAACUGCCUCGUGGGUCAUUCUCCAAUGCCAGUGCCUUGGAAUACCUUUGGCUGAAUUUUAAUAAUAUCACAGUUAUGCACCUAAAAAGCUUAGAAUACCUGAAGGAUCUGACAGAGCUGAGAUUGCAGGGAAACAAGUUAAGUUCAGUUCCAUGGACAACAUUUCAAGAUACUCCAGCUUUAAAAAUAUUGGAUCUAAAGCACAAUAGACUGGAUGUUCUUCCAGAGCAUGCACUCAGGUAUCUGCCCAAUCUGACCUACUUAGACUUAUCCUCAAAUCAGCUUACUGUCAUAUCCAGGGAUGUCUUCUAUAAUUGGCCUGUGUACCAGAAAACCCAGCAGUCUGAGAGGAAGAUGGAAGCUAUUUCCAAUGCUGUCCUGGCUUUACAUGAUAACCCAUGGAUCUGUGACUGUCGCCUUAGGGGAUUUGUCCAGUUUAUCAAAUCAGUUAGCCCACCAGUUAUUCUGAUGAAUUCUUAUUUAACUUGUUCAAGCCCUAAAUUUAGGGCAGGGAAGUUCUUUCAUGAAGUGGAGCUCAACAGUUGCAUGAAGCCAUUAACGUCAUCCGUUGACACCAACCUGACUGUACAUGUGGGAUCGAAUGUUACCAUGGCCUGCUUGGUACAGGGCAGCCCCUCCCCAGCAGUCUGGUGGACCUAUGGCCUAAAACAUUUAAGGGCAUUUACUGUGUCCACUACACACAUCAAUGAAGAUACAAUGAAAUCAGAGCUGGUGAUUCCUUCAGCUCACCUUAUGGAUGAGGGCAAUUACACCUGCACGGCUGCCAACUUCAUUGGCAACACCUCUACUAUAAUCUCCCUGAAAAUCCAGGCUCCCAGAAUGGUAGCUUCUUCCUCGUCUUUCUCUUCCUCUGUCUCAGAAGAGAAUGCCUAUGUUGAUGUGAGGAUUGCCAAGCAGACAGUGUAUGGGAUUACGCUGGAGUGGUAUGCAGUGACUGAGAAUCCAGGAGAAACUUGGUACACCCUCCACUUUGGGAAGUAUGACGACUCCAAGAAGGAGAUGAUUUACAUUGGCCCGGGCACCAAUACAUAUUCAGUCAACGACUUGCUCCCAGCUACCAAGUAUGAGGUGUGUGUCACUUUAAGGAACCAGACACCCCGAAAGGGCCAAUGCAUUGUGUUUGUCACAGGCAGUGACAUCAGUGAACUGGAGCAGAGGGAAAAGCUCAUCCAUAUCAUCAUCAUUGUGUGUGCCAUGGUGCUGGCAGUCCCCGCUGGGAUGUAUGCGUGCACUACGGAGACCCGGCUUAACUGCAUGGAGAAGUGCGCUGGAUUCUGCCACAAGAAUCGCAAAGGGCAGAAGAACCUGAGAGCAGGCAACAAAGAAAACACCUUUGACAGCUUGCCAACCGGCAGUGAGGAGGGGCUGUGUUACCGAGACUCCAGUGAAGACAAGAGAAAGCCAAGGUCUCCGGAGGACAAGGAGAAACCCGACAAACACAAAUCUAAUCACAGAAAUAGCGCUGAUCUCUAUUAGUGGAUAAAAAUUCAAUCCCAUAUUAGAUUAGAUCAAGUUAAAUAUAGAAGGACCAACAAAAAUAUACGUACACCUAGGUAUCUGUGUUACAUAAACCCUGGGCAUGUGAUAUGCAGACAUACAAUCUUGUUUUUCUAAGGGUUUUUAGAAACAUUUGAAACUUUAAGGAAAAACGGGGUUAUUGGUAAGCAGGAGAGUAAUGCAUGGCAUACACAUUGCUGGGAGGGGAGCCAAUAUACAUACUUCCAGCUGCCUGGGAAAUUCAAUUAAAUAGAGGACAGAUACAUGGCAUUGUAAUCUUUACAAAUUAUUCAUACAUGGACAACCCUUGGGGAAAUUACUGAGAGAAAUUUAUUCUAGUAUUUUCAUAUAUAUACAUAUAUGAAAUAUAUAUAUAUAUUACCAUCUGGCAGUGAGGAGUGGGCUGUGUUACCGAGACUCCAGUGAAGACAAGAGAAAUAUAUAUAUAUCCAUCCUAUUAACUAUUUGAGCCAAAAAUGGCUCCUUCAGCCCUUACUGCAGCUUAAUGCUGAUAGAAUUUUAUUUCCUCAUUGGGUACCAUUUUGUCUAAGUCAGUCUCUCACUUGCAUAGCUUCAUUGACCAAGGGGGUUUCAGAAGUGGGAAAGAAUUAUUUUUAAUCUCUCAUUGUUAAAUACGUGCUUUUAUCCUGUGCUCUUUGGAGUAUCCAUAUUGCAUCAUUUGGGGACAGUGAACACGAGAGCUUUGAAGAUGACUUUCCUUACCACCCUGUUUCACUUGCUUAUAACUUUUCAGAAAUUAUUCUUUGGGUUGCAACUUGCCAGGGCUUUGGUCUUAGGGCAAACUGAUAUGUUUUUGUUAUUUUUUGUUGGGGUAAGUUCACAGAAAAAGAAAAUGUUAGCAGUUUUUCAGUAAUCUCCAUGUGAAAAUAUACACUUUUUUCCCAUUUUCAAGGAAAUUUAAGAACUAUUUUUCACAAAGAUGAUUGAAAAACAACUGUACUUUGUAAUGUUAAACAUCACAUGGAGCUAGUCCUCAAAGGGGAAUAGUCCCUGAUUAUCUGAAACAAAGUAACACAAUAACAGUUGUCUAAUGUAGGAAUUUUUUUAGGUUUCCUUCCUCUUCCCCCCACCCCUGAAAUUUCUUUUUUUUCCCUCGUUUUCCAAAGAAAACUCCAAACCUUAAGUAAUCUAUAUUUUCCACAAACAUGUUCAUUUAUCUCAAAAAGCCAUUUUUUUCACUAAAAAACCAGUUUUGAUGACAAUUUUUUGGCAGCUCUAUUAAGGAUAAAAUUAAAUCAAAUCCAGCAACAUUAUUUAGGCAAAUAAUUGUGUUGUCAGCCAUGACAGUUAUUCAAAAGUCCAGAUUGUUAAAGCUAAGGUUUCUCCCAUUUUCCUUUCUUAGUUUUUUCCUUUUGUAUGCAUAUGCGAACCUACAUGCAUCCACAAAAAUUAGAUUUGAAACACACAGGGAAAUCCUGGCAAAAUUCUCAUUGACUUCAGUGUGGACCAUAUUUCAGCUACCGAAUCCGUUUCUCAUUUAUAGUAAGGCCCCUGGGGUACACUAGUCUGGUAGUGUAAUCCAGCUCACAACUUUAAUUCCGAAUGGAUAAAUAGAAGUCAAACCGUGCAGCUAUCUAUGGUACUUGUACAGGCAGGGAAUUAUUAAUGACAUCACACUCUUUUAUUUCACUGUACUUACAGAAAGGGAGUCACACACAUCACAGACUGCAGGAGUUUGCUGGAUCUUGGCACUUCUAGAAGAACAGUGGCUGAUCCUACUGAAGCAGCUCUGUAUUCCCAACAGACUCUUUGAAACAAAGUAUGUUUUUAAAAGGGAGAAUCAUUUAACUUAUAAAUUAUGGUUAUCCAUACAGUGAGGCCCAACUGUCUGAUCAGCCUUGCACAGAACAUAGGAAGAAAAAAACAUCUCCUGUCCCAAGGAAAUGCUUCUAUUAAUUAUUAAUUUGUAUUAUAUGUAUUGUGAUAGCAGAUGAGAUUCCCAGUCAUGCACCAGGACCCUCAUUGUGCUAGGUUUUGGGUUAAGAGCUGACUCAGCCUCUGAAGCUGUACAGGGUGCGCCCCUGGUGUUUCAGGGCAUAUACCACAUCCAUGGCCGUCACUGUCUUCCGCUUGGCCUGCUUGGUGAAGUCACCGUGUUGCGGAUCACGUUCUCCAGGAAAACCUUCAGCACCCCGCGAGUCUCUUCAUAGAUCAGCCCCGAGAUGCGCUUCACCCCGCUGCGGCUAGCCAAGCAGAGGAUUGCAGGCUUCGUAAUGCUCUGGAUGUUGUCUCGUAAAACCUUGCGGUGCCUCUUUGCACUGCCUUUUCCCAACCCCUUUCCGCCCUUGCCGUGACCAGACAUCCUGCAAACAAGCAGCUAACACCACCACCACCACUGUGUGCUGUGUGAACACAGAACAAAAAGAUGUCCCCUGCUCCAAAGAGCUUACAAUCCAAGUAAUGCAUAUCCUUAAAUUUGAAAAUUAAAGUUUUUCCUUCAAACGUAAGGAAAAUCAGUGUGAAAAAGCAGUUACACACCUUCUAACAGUGUAGUUACAGUUGUGUUUCUCAGGAGUUGGAAGACACUUGAUUUUUGGCCUCCUGCUUUAAAAGAUAGCCAAGGCAUGUUGCUAUCUGGUAUACAUGCAAAUGGAUUGCUGCAGAAGUCAUCAGAAAACAAAGUAGAGCUGAAAACAGUGCUUUAGAUGGAUCUUAAUAAGCUUGGCUGAGAUUCACUCUGUCGUCUCCUAGGUUUUAUGGUAAUACUUCAGUAACAAGAAGUAAACAAUGCUUUCCAAAGUUUUUUUAUAUGGGGUUACAUUUUCUUCUCCAGUGCUUAUUAAUUCCACAGUUUAUUGUACAAAUAUUUAAUUAUAACUGUUUAGUUCAUCUUCUCUUACUUUCCAGUUUGUUUUAUGUCAUUUUGUAGGCUUGACUAAUAAUUCUUAGUUGUAAAAUAUGGUUUUAAAAUAAAAUAAUUGAUUUUCAGAAUACCCAGAGUUUUACCCAUUAGUGAAUUUUACUUCCCUGUGCACGUUUGGUCUUUUUACUAUACUUGCCA